AUGGCUGGCUCUCCCAUCAUCCCAUUACCUCCUCUGCCAAUAUUUGUAGAAGCUCCUCAGAUCCUAACCUCAUCCUACUCACAGAUACCCCCAGAUAUCUCCCUACCUAAGAAAAUGUUAUAUUUUGAUAGGAAGUGGAUAGCUAAAACAGGAAUUCAAGAAGUCAUUGCCCAAGUGUGGACUUCCCAGCACUCAGGCACACCCAUGUUCCAAGUUCAGAGCAAGAUUAAAGAUACCAGAAUCUCUCUUCUGAAGUGGAUCACCUCUUCUGCUCAGAAGGUACAUGGGAACCAGAAGGGCUCCUAG